CAACCGGCAUUCGAGCUUGCGCACUCGGAUCGUUAGGACGUCCAGCACCGCCGUCGUUCCAUCGGCCGUUCCAACCUGCGGCCUCAGCGGUAGCGUGGGCUCCCGUCCUGAGACCGUCGCACGCUUCAAGCUGUCGAAAUGGAUGUGCAAAACAAUUACUCUGACUUUUUUGAAGGAACUGAGAAAUUACUAGAGGUGUGGUUCAGCCGCAGCGACGGAAAGGAUGAUAACUGCGACCUCCGCAGGAUCUCCAGGGACCACUGGGAGUCACUGCUGCAAGUGGUCAAGUGUGAGAUCAUCAGCUUCAAGAAGAAUGAACAUCUUGACUCGUAUGUGCUUAGUGAGAGCAGCAUGUUUGUGUCCAAGAGGUGCUUUAUUCUCAAGACCUGUGGCUCCACCACAUUGCUGAAUGCAGUCCAGCCUCUGCUCUAUAUUGUCCAAGAGCUGACAGGCUUCAAUGAAGUGCUGGAUAUUUUCUACUCCCGCAAGAACUUCAUGAGACCAGAACUGCAAACCAAGCCACAUACCAGCUUUGAGGAUGAGGUUGAGGUUUUGGAUCGCCUUUUUCAGGAUGGUGCAGCCUACUGCAUGGGCAGAAUAAACCACGACUGCUGGUACCUGUACACUUUGAACACUCCUCUUGGCUAUCGUGGAUUUCAAGUGGCUGAUCAAACCCUGGAGGUGAUCAUGCAGGACUUGGAUCAGAAAGUGAUGAGUAUCUUCACCCGGGAAGGCUCUUCAAGUGCCAGGGAUGCGACACAGAAGUCUGGCAUUGACCGUCUCUACCCAACAGCCACGCUCGACGAGUAUCUCUUUACUCCUUGUGGAUACUCAGUCAAUGGUAUUCUCAAAGGGGGUUAUUACUUUACGAUCCACAUCACACCUGAGCCACAUUGCUCCUAUGUGAGCUUUGAGACCAACGCUCCACAGGACAACUACCAUGACUUGGUUACUACUCUGCUGAAGAUGUUUCUUCCAGGCAAAUUUGUGAUGACACUGUUUGCAAACAAGCUUUCAGUUGCUGCUAAAGGGAUGAAGGAGAGCUGCAACACAGAGUUCCGCAACUACAACCGCAAGGAGCUGCAGGUGUGCCGCUUCAAUGCAUACGACCUGACAUACGCGCUGUUUGCCAAGGCCCCUAGUUGAGGCCCAUCAAGCCGCCUUGUCUGGACAUGCCUCUUAACUGCCUGGUGGCAGCCUUUUCUUGUCACCACAGCAGAUGGGUGGUGAGUGUGUCACCCUGCUGUUCCAGCUGUAAGCGACAAGCACUGGCGUUCCUCACCCACCCCAGAAAGACCCAGGACCAUGUCCGUAGGAUUUUGGACGCCGUGCUUCAAGGACAGGGCGGGCCUUGGACAGGCUCUGCCUCUUCUCGCUCCUCUUUUUGCGAUGUUACUUUCAGGCAUUCCAUUUCGGCUCUGCAGAUGUUUGGCAUGGUAAAUGAAUUGGGCGUUAGCGAGCAUGUUCAUGAACUCACCCAGUUAAAUCAUCCCAUGGUCUUUCACUAGACUGUUUCUAGCAAUCUGUCCCUACACUUCGUGUAGUUUCUCUGGGAGGUGCCUAAUGUGGGUUUCUUUCCGGCACACAGUGUGCUGGCUGUGGUGCUGACAGGGACCGCCGCUAACUGCACCGCAGUCUCAUGUCGGAAGCCCCUCCUGUUUGAGGAGUCUACUACGAUAAAGAUAGAAAAACCAAAGAAGCUUCUCAUGCCAAGCUCUCUCUGCCAGUUGCAAAACAUUUGUUUCUCUGCAGUGAACCUUUUGGUUUUGUUUUCUGCAUCCAACCUUUUUUUUUUUUUUUGAUAUCCUGCAGCAAGCUUUUUUUUAUUUACCUGUAUCACCAUUCCUUUAUUUCUUUAAAUGGGGGCAACCCACUAAAGCUGUUCCAAAGGUUCAGGGAGGAACGGCUUGCAGGCAAGCAUUGUGUGGCUGCAGCCAGCAUCAUCCCAUUUGCUCACCAAUUUCCUUUCAGUCUUGACUUGAACGAGAUGUAGGCUCACAAUGUUGCCAGGUUGUUUUGCAAUCACACUCUGCUUCUUCACCUGUGCAAGCAAAGCACAUUAUGGGGAUCCACAUAAAAGCCAGAAUUAGCAUUGGUUGGGCAUGAUUAGCUGGUGUACCUUAUUAGCCUUUCAUUUUGGGAUUGUCAGUUGGCUACAUUGACGGGUCCAGCCAUGCACUGUCAGCAUUGAGCCACAAACUGCUCAAGAGGCACUGCUUUUUAGAUGAAAACCUGUAGAGGAUGUCGGCAGAGCAGUAGUGGCCUUGAGACAGUCCAGCAUAAAGAGAAUGCCUACAAGUGUAGCAGUUUAAACACUUGAAGCAGCAUGCUCUUUGUGCAUUACUCAGAUUGAUCGUCCUGAGAACUUGUAGCUGCAUCAUAGUUCCUAGCAACACUAUCAAGCAGUAUAACAUAACAUACAGGGCACCCUGAUGCUGGCUGUGCCGACAUUCCUCCAGAGACUUCUCGAAAUCAUUGUUCCUAGAUUUUUAGCUUGUGUGUCUGUCUGUUGUCUUUUCAACGUGAGUGUUCUGAAACGUGAGGCAUGUCCAGACGAGGUGAUGAGGCUGAUGAGGCAUUUUCGGGGAAGCUUCAUGUGUUCUUUCUCGAAUAAUUCUCUUGAUGUGGUGAAUUUUUAUUUUCUAGUGAUAGCGCAUUGGGCCUGUUCAUGCAUGACGCAUGUACACAAGUGUAACCUUGAUGAUGAAAAUCAAAAAUGUUCUCCAUGGUACUUGUAUAAGGCUUGUGUUUCAAUAAAUGACGAAAACAA